AUGUUGCGUCUUCUAGCCUCCCAAGUUCCCGAAUAUUUCCCCCAAUUAAGCCCCUUUCUCAGGGGAAGGGAACCCCCCCGCGUGAGUAACCCACGCCACAGCAGCAGCAGCAGCAGCAGCAGCAGCAGCAGCAGCGGCACCGCUGCCCUCUCCAGCGCCACGCUGCUGCAGCCUUCCAGGACACCGUUGAGCCGUCCCAGCAGCAGCAGCAGCAGCAGCAACAGCAGCAGCAGCAGCAGCAGCAGCAGCAGCAGCAGCAGCAGCAGAGUGGCGCGCGCUGCUUACCACCACUCCUCGGAGCUGCAGCGGUACUUCACCAACCGCCUGCACAAGAAGAUCUGCCCCCGCUGCAGCAGACCCAACAGCUUGCCAGUUUGCUGCUGCUGCUGCUGCCAGCAGCAGCUCUCGGACCUGCACAUACACCCCGUCGGCAAAGACCCUCUCUGCGAGCUCGUGCUGUCGAGACACCGCAACCACGACGCCUCUCCUUUCCUCCUUUCUCGCCUUUCAAAUUCCAAACAACUUCCACACUCAAAUGCCCCUUACUUUUCCCUCGAAGCUUUCCUCAACCAGUCCCCCACGCCCCUGUGGGGCCCCCCUGGGGGCCCCCUGGGGGCCCCCCGGGCCCUUGGGGGGUUUGAAUUGUUUCGUUCGUUCAAGUUUGUGGUUUCUGUGUUUCCGUUUUCUGCGGCGUUCGUACACCUGGUGGGAGUGCCGAAGGCGGCGAUUUACGACUUGAAGCAACUGAGGAGAAGUCAUUUGGAGUUGUUGUUGAAAAUGAAAGAAAAGACGGAGUUUUUGGCGGGUCUUUUGGUGGACUUGCGUUUGCAAAAGUUAAAAAGUGAAGCUGCAGCGGCGGCGGCGAGCGCGCGCGCGCGCGGAGGUGCGGAUACACCUGCGGCGGAAUUCUGGGGUGUACGUACACCUGAAGACGCGGCGGCGGGGCGGAAAGCAGCGGCGGAAACUCCGCAGCCGUCAGAAGAAUUAAAUGGAUUAAAAGUGGAAUUAAAUGAAUUUAAAGUGGAAUUAAAUGCAUUUAAGGAGAAAGAAAUCAACUCCAAGUUGAAACAAAUGACUGUCUUCGGCUUCAACUAUCCCGCGGAGUUCAGCCAACUCUGCAUGCAUGCACUCACUCCCCCCUUUUCCAACUUUUCUCUUUUCCAAUUUCCUUUCUUUUAUCCUUUCAACAAAGUUGCCAAAGACCUCCAGACCCGCGGCGCCGUUCAAGUUGUUCCUGCUGCUGCUGCUGCUGCUGCUGCUGCUGCUCUCAGGUUCGCUUUGCUGCUGCGGCUGCUGCUGCUGCUGCUGCUGCCCGCAGUUCAAUUCCACUUCUUGCUUUUUCUGCUGCUGCUGCUGCUUCUGCUGCAGACCCUGCUGCUCCUUUUGCUGCAGCAUUUUGUUGACUUUGCUGCUGCAGCUCUUUAUGAUAAUGCAGUUUUAUUUGCUGCUGCAGCACUUUGUAAAGAUGCAAUUUAA